GCGACCACUCCACUCCACCGACUCCCACUCCCACCUCGACAAAGCACGCCGAUCAGUCCCGCCCUGCACGAGGAGUGGUAGUGUGAGCGCGAGUGUGUGGCGAGGCAAACCAAGAAGCUAGGUGUGCGGCCAUGGAGAUGGUCCUGGACUGGCGCUCGGUGGGCUCCCUGAUCGCGACCGUCAUGGUGUUCCGCACCGCCGUGCGGGACUUCCUUCCGCCGGAGGCCGAGCUGUACCUGCGCCGCUUCCUCGCGUGGGUCGCCGCCGCGUUCCGGAGGCCCACGGGCACCAUCCUCAUCGACGAGGCCGACGGCGCCAGCGGCGGCGCCAACGACCUCUACGACGCCGCGCAGCUCUACCUCGGCGCGCGCUGCCUCGCCAAGGCGCCCACCGUGCGCCUCCACAAGCCGCGACAGGCGCAGCGCCCUGUCGCGUCCCUCCCGGACUCCCAUACCACCAACGACACCUUCCAGGGCGUCCGCGUCAAGUGGACCUCCACUGCGCGCACCGUCGAGCGCGGCGGGCCCGGCGGCGGGUACAACCCGUACAACAUGUUCGGCCGCGGCGGAGGCGGAGGCGGAGGCGGCGGCGGCAACGACCAGCGCAGCCUCAUGCUCCAGUUCCCGCGGCAGCACCGCGACCUCAUCCACAACCACUACAUCCCCCACCUCAUCGACGAGGCCACCAAGAUGCGGCUCAAGUCCCGGGAGCGCAGGCUCUACACCAACCGAGCGACCGGGCCUGGCGACGACCACCACCGCCUGUGGACGUCGCACGCCUUCUCGCACCCGUCCACGUUCGACACGCUCGCCGUCGACCCGGACCUCCGUGAGGAGAUCCGCGCGGACCUGCUCCGCUUCGCGGCGCGGCGGGAGCACUACGCGCGCGUCGGCCGCGCGUGGAAGCGUGGGUACCUGCUCCACGGCCCGCCUGGCACCGGUAAGACCAGCCUCGUCGCGGCGAUCGCCAACCUCCUCGAGUUCGACGUCUACGACCUGGAGCUCACGACGGUGCCCACCAACUCCCACCUUCGGCGCCUGCUCGUGUCCACCACGCCCAAGUCGGUCGUCGUCGUCGAGGACAUCGACUGUUCCCUGGACCUCUCCGACCGCAACAAGAAGAAGAAGGGCGGCACCAACGCCACCGACGAAGAGACGGCGCAGCUUGCCAUGCUCUCACCAGCCGCCGCGAUGGCCAUGGCAGCGGUGGGGCGGGAAUCCAUAAGCCUCUCCGGGGUGCUCAACUUCGUGGACGGCCUGUGGUCAUCCUGCGUCGGCGAGCGCCUGAUGGUGUUCACGACCAACCACCCGGAGCGGCUUGACCCGGCACUUCUCCGCCCGGGCCGCAUGGACCGCAAGAUCGAGCUCGGCUACUGCUCGCCUGCCGCUCUGCGCGUGCUCGCCAAGAACUACCUCGGCGUGGGCGACGAGGGCCCCGAAGACGACGAUGACGACCCCGACAGGGUGAACAACCUCAUGGCCGAGGCUGAGGGCCUGCUAGCCGCCGCCGAGGUGCGCAUCACGCCCGCCGACAUCGCGGAGGUGUUCAUGGGCUGCGACGGCGCGGGCGCCGCCGCCGCCCUGAAGAAGCUCGUGGACGAGCUGAGGCGGAGGCGGGAUGCAGCCCCGGCCACGCCGCCGGAAGCAUGGACAGAGGACACGACGGAUUAAAGCCAGAGACGUGGCGCGCAACAAUGCAUGGCUACUUAAUCAGCUCUCACUACUUUGAUGCGCGAUCGAUUAAGGUGGUUUCAUCAUGAGUUAUGACGGUGCACUGCGACGCACUACGUCGGGUGUUUGUCUUUGCUUUGUGCUGGGUUCAGUAGGCCAUGGAUGCUUAUUAACAAGUCAGUCACGACAAUAAGACAUGACAGAGCUGGUUCUUUGCA